CCGGCCUCCAGAGCCGCCCCGCCCGCCCGGCCGCGUCCUUGCGCGCUGGGCGGCGGCGACAGGGGCAGGAGCCCGCGUAGCAGGUGGGGCGAGGGCCCCGCCUCCGCGUCCCGGCAGCCCCAGAGCCGGCGGCUGCAAGGGAGCUGGGCGCACCGAGCGCAGUGGCACCGAGCGCAGCGGCACCGAGCGCAGCGUGGCCUCGGCGGCGGCGGCGCCUGGAGCACUCGAGCUGCGGGACGGAGCCCCGAGCCUGGAGGCGGCGGCAGGGACGUCGUCCGGAGCCUGAGUCCUACCUAGCUGCAGGGCAGAAACCACUCUCCUGGGACCUUUCAGAAGCAAGAGCCACCAACGCUGUGACCUAUGCCAGUGCCACCUCCGCCACCUCCUCCUCCUCUGCCUCCACCUCCCCCGCCCCUGGGGGCUCCUCCCCCUCCCCCACCGCCAGCGCCUCCGGUAGGUACAGACACUUCCAACUUGAGAAAGGCAGACCCCAAAGGUCGGAGUGCCCUGUUGGCUGAUAUCCAGCAAGGAACUCGCCUACGGAAAGUCACGCAGAUCAAUGACCGCAGUGCCCCACAGAUUGAGAGCUCUAAAGGAACUAACAAAGAAGGAGGAGGGUCUGCAAACUCUCGAGGCGGAAGCACACCCCCAAGCCUGGGAGAUCUGUUUGCUGGUGGCUUUCCUGUGCUGAGACCAGCCGGCCAGAGGGAUGUGGCAGGUGGCAAGAUAGGGCAGGCCCCUGGCUCCCGAGCACCUUCUCCCCGGCUGCCCACGAAAGCUCUUGGUGGCCCACUUAACCCCCCUGCAUCUCCCAGGCUAGGCAAUGCCUCGGAGGCUCAUGGCACCUCCAGGGCAGUCCCUCCUCGCCCCAGCAUGCCUGCCCCACCGCCUCCCACCCUACCCCCACCUCCUCCACCCCUACCCCCACCCCUGCCCCCUUCCUCCCCCAGCAAAGCUCCACUGGUGUCCCCGCCUGGCCCGCCCACCAAAGGGAACACCCCAGGGGUUGCUCCCCCUCUCCCCUCUGCACCUCCCCCUCCUCCUCCGCCCCCACCCCCACCCCUCCCUCCUACCCCACCCCAACCCCCUCUGACCUCUGUUCUCAGUGACAAGGCCUUGAAGCCUCAGCUAGCCCCCUUGCACCUGCCGCCCAUUCCCCCCCCACUCCCUCUCCUCCCCCCUUGUGGGUAUCCGGGGCUCAGUGCAGAUGCUGCCAGCCCCACCCAAGAUGUUCGGGAGCCACCCGCCCCACCGCCUCCGCCACCCCCACCCCCUCUUUAUGCCUCCUGUACCCCGAGGUCGUCUGUGCCUGCUCCUCCUUUGCCAGGAGCUAACAACAACAGUGAGGCUCCACUCCUCCCGCCCCCCAAGUCCCCCAGCUUCCAGGCCCAACCCCCCAAGUCCAGUGCGCAGGCCUUGCCGACACCGCCAGCCCCUCCAGUAUCGCAGCCAUUCCUGCAGAAGAAGAGGCCCGGCCGAGGCCCAGGGACCAGCGGGGGGAAGCUAAAUCCACCCCCAGCACCCCCUGCGAGAUCACCCACCACAGAGCUUUCAAGCAGAAGCCAGCAGGCCCCAGCCUGGACCCCAGCACAGCAGCCGGCAGGUCAACUGCGCAACGGAAGCCUGCAUAUCCUCGAUGACUUUGAAUCUAAAUUCACGUUCCAUACCAUGGAAGACUUUCCUCCUCCAGAUGAAUAUAAACCAUGCCAGAAGAUUUACCCCAGCAAGAUCCCCAGAAGCCGCACGCCUGGUCCCUGGCUGCCCACUGAGGCCACAGGGCAGAGCUCAGAUGACAUCAAAGGCAGAAAUUCUCAGUUAUCACUAAAGACACUCCGGUGAGAAGACAGAGGAAGCCAAUGUCCUGUGAGCCGCCUGGGGGUCCACAUCGCCAGAUGGGCGUCCCCAGGAGAACGUGUCUGGCCUCGCCAUACUUAAGUUGC